AUGAGUCAAAGAUCUCUGAUCGAACUUCUGAAAGACCUCACGGAAAAAGAUGAUAUGCGGAUAUGUAGUUCUUUACUGGAACGAUGUCUCAAUACAUCUAUAUCGGAUCUGGAAAACUUCACUGAUAAACUGUCGCAGCUUCUGCGCGAUUUUCCUGAUGUUUACAUACCAACCCUGCAAAUCUUCAUUUCUUACCUUUGUGAUGAAUCUUCGCGUAAAAAAACUUUACUCCCUAACCGGCGGGAAAGAUGGGUCACCGCGAUUUCAGAUUUCAUCUCAUCUUUAAUCACCACUGUCAUCAUGCAAAACUUUGACCACUCCGACUUUCCUGGCUUUGGAGAGCUUAUACACGAUUGCAUCGAGCUUCUAUGGAAAGUUCAAAAUAUAUCUUUGAUUAGUAAUAAAGGAAACAAUUUAGCCAUCCAGAUGACAAAAAGCUUCUUCAAAUCAAUCCUUAACGCGGGUGUCCUGGGAAUUUUGGUAACAGACCCUUCCGGUCGUCGCUGUCUCAAACGCAUUCUGUUUGACUUCAACAUGAUUAACCAUAUUGAACGGGAAGAACUACUUAGAGCGAUAGAUAUGGUCGCGGCUCUUGUGGAGAAAUGUUCUGAGCACGAGGAAGUUUCGAUUAGUCUAUCAGAAUGGUUUUUGGUAUAUAAGGCAUGUACAUCAUUGUUGAACUCCCUUAGGAGAUUCAAGAAUGUGGAAAAGAACCAGGUAGUCAACAAGAAAGAAAUGCCGCUACCCGCGCUGGACGAUAUGGUUAAGCUUGAUAAUAAGGAAUCCAGGACGAUCAGGAAACCGUUUGCGAAUUCCCUUAUGGUGAAUAGCAACUCAUUACCUGUGUCCACACAGGAUGAACGAAAUCUCGCGAUAUUAGGGAUGAGGGCACCUCAAAAGCUAUCAGUUUUACCCAACUUUUUGCAUGCAAUUGAACAACGAAAAAUAGAUUCAUUCCGAGUAAGUAUGAUCGUGUUUUUGUUUUAA